CGCGAAAAUUCAAAUGUAUUAGAAACGGCAACACGCCAGAGAAACAGACGAUGCAAGUCUUCGGGAGAAAUUGAUGUUUUAAAGCUAAAAAACUACUACAAUAUAACAUUCCGGACUUUGGGUUUAAACUGAUUGCAGAAUGGAUACUCUUUCUUAUAUACAGGUAUUUGAGGAAAGCAUGAGUUUGUAUACCGGAGACGACCCUCUGGAUCCUUGGGGCUCGUUCGUGAUGUACUUGGAGUCCCAGGAUGGAGGCUGUGAACUGCCUCAGGCUCUGGACCGUCUGGUGCAGGAAUUUCUGAACGUGGAGAAAUACGCAAAUGACAUCCGAUAUGUGAACUACUGCAUCAGAUGUGCAAGCUUUUACCCGGAGCCGGUGGCCGUGUACAAUCACGUUUUCAGUAAAGGAGUCGGCACGAGGACGGCGGCACUUUACGUUUCCUGGGCGAAACAGUUUGAGCAGAACGGGAAGAUCGAACAGGCCGAGGCUGUUUUCCAGAGAGCUUUAGAGAACGAAGCUCAGCCCGGAGACACCGUGCUCAACGAACACAGGCAGUUUCAAAUCAGAAACCAAAUCCAGGCUCCAGUAUCAG